AUGCUCCAUAAGUUGUUUUCGGUUGUUAUUCUCUGUAGUCAGGUAGGUCGUACAGGUGUAAAACCUUUUGUAAAUUACUUUUUCUUCCCUCUACAUUCAUCUUGUGUACAUAACAUAAACUUGUCUUCACUCUGUAUAUAUGGAACACUCAGCACGUGAAUUGAAAUGAAUAGAAAACGUCUCGGUGUAAUUGUGAUCUAAAUAAAUUUAAUGAUUUGGAAAUAAAAACAUAAUGUUUAGUUGGCCUACAGUAUCCAAGAAUCAGUUUCCCAAGAAUGCGAUGAAGUAAGGAAAAUGUAAUCAAUGUAAAUAAUUGACGAAUUAAGGAAACUUUCUUCGAUGGUUAUGACUGCAAAAGAUGUGCAACUUGUGGUCCUACCAUGUACAUCAAGAAGGCUUGUUCCGAAAGUACAGAUACAGUAUGUGAUUACUGUCUGAACGAGAGGCCGACUUUAAAUGAAGACUUUUACACUCGAUGUAACGAUUAUCGAAAAUUAUUUGAGAAUUUGAAAGGGGAUGUGUCCCCCAGACUCCAUGCCCAUUUUGAAGGAACUUACCAACAUUAUCAUGGGAUAAAUUGGGCCUUGGCUUCCUUGGUUGCAGCCAUUUCUGUGGCCUUAAUUUUGACCAUCAACAAAUGCAUCAGACGUCCCGCCUUCAGAGAAGUUACUAUUACCCCUCCUGAGUUGACUGAAGAAGAGAAACAAAGUUAGUUUGCAUUUGAAUUAUGACAUUUUAAUACACAUGCAUGCAUUUCAGAUAUAAUUUUCGCGGCCGAACACCUCCGUAACAAACGUGGAAAGUACCACCGUCUGGACUAUGUUUAG